AUGAAGAACGAAGAUGAUGAAACCGAACAAGCGACAAAAACUAAACGUAGAAAAGGUUCUAAAAAGAAAGAAAAGAAAAAGAAAGACGAUGGAAAAGAAAAUGAAGCUAAAUCGGGAAAAGAUAAUGAAAACGAUGAGGUGUUUGUCGCUGGAGGCGAUGAUAAAAAUGAAAUUGGACUUAAAAAGGAGCAGACGACAAAAUCUGACGACAUUAAUGAUAAUGGUGUUGAAAAAAGACCUAGCAAUGAAGGAGUUAACACGCUGCCAAGGGCAACGCGUUCGAGGAGCACUUCAGAACGCCGGAGUUUUAAAAAUCUAUUCCGGAAGCCAAAACUUCAAAAACAAAGAUCGCGAAGUACUGGUGGGAUACAGGACUCUACAGAGAAUGAUGUCACCGUAGCGGCAAGGUUGAGUGGGGACAACGUCUCCACGCCGGAUCGGAAACCAGUCGGAGAGUUUGGAUUAACCGACAAACUUCAAUCUCCAGCUGAUCCAAGAGAUAAAAUCAAGCGUAUGACAGUUGGAGAAGCAAAGAAAGUAAAAAGUUCCAGUAAGCCCCCAGAGAGUGAUCUAUCUACCGCGGACAAAUUCAAACUGAAACCAACAUUAGAAGGUAUAGGGAAAUCAGAGUCUAUGGAAUCACAUUCGUCAUCAUUACCGGAUCUCACAAAUAUCGAAGGUUCCAUACCUUUUUCGAAAACGGACGAAGACAAAAAGGUGUACAGAAGGUCAGUGAGUGCAGAUAUGGGACGCCGAAAGAAAGAUCGAGUGAAUCAUACGCAGUCAAAUGUGAAUAAUGAUGAAAAUGCAAAAAGUGAUAAAGAGGUUGAAAUCAAAAGCGAUUCACCUGAUACAUCUGGGGGAGAUGCUAGUAACGUACCAUUAUUGAAAACGGUUACUAACGGCGUAUCUAUUGAUGAACGGGGUGAUGGACUUAAAAGCCCGAAUAGAACCGAAACACCACAUUCAUCUGUAUCAAACGAACAAUCCCCUUACUCUGGCCAAAGGAACAGUAACUCUGAUAAAACGCCUAGUUCAUCUGCUCACGUUGACCCUAUUGAUGCCCAACAACUUGAAAAAAAUCGUAAAGAGUCGUUCUCAAACUUUCUGAAUCUUAGUCAGAAUCUACCUCUACGUUCCGGUUCACCUGGAGCUAGAUUAUUGAAACGCAGUAGUGAGGAGGAACAUGAUGUAAAAAGUGAAACGGAGACAGUUCCAUUACCGGAAGCGGAAGUACGUUCUCAAGGUAAGAUUGCAGUGCCUUUGCUUCUUGGCAAAUCUAAUGUUGAACAAGAUGAUAAAUCACAGAAAUUCACAAAUAGUGAUGUAGUGAAAGAAGACAAUGAAAAAGCUACAGAAAAGAGGUGGUAUCCUUUUUCAAAACAAGACAUUAAAUCUGUACCUGCAUCACAAGUGAGUGACAAUGUAACAGCAUGGCUAAGUAAUUCUCAGGAUACAAUCAGAAAGGAGAAAAGAGGAUUAAGAUUGAAUGACACUGCUGCUCCUGCCGAUGAAAAGAAAGAAAUUGAAUCUGAUUUAAGUAAUACUGUGUCUCGUGAGAGAGGGAAAAAUGCUUACGAUCAGAGCAAGAAACUGUCAAGAAGUACAUACAAGUCUCCUAGAAGAUUUAGUGGCCGGAGUUUAUCUAAAAGUAAAGACAAAGAAUCGAAAGAAAAGGAAUCUAAAGAUAUGGAGAAACAAGAAGAUGAAACAGCUGUAGAGAAAGAAUAUGACAAGAGAAAAGAUUCUGAAAAAGAACAAAGUACCAACGAUAAAGAAAGAGAAAAAGGAAACAGGAAAACUAGUGAUACUGUAUCUACUCCAGACAUUCCGAAUAAAAACCUUAAAUUACUAUCCGAAUCUCUAAGGAAUACAACUGUUACAAAUGAUCUGUUGGGAAAAUUAAGUAAAGGAAACGUUGCGAAGCCAUUAUUAUACACUACAGGAACCCAGUCUGAGGACAUCGAGAAACGACGGGGUACCACUCCUAUAUCGAGAAGUGUUCAAACAUCUCUUGAGAGUCUCAAAUUUGACAAAAAGGAUGAACCAUUAAUGAGCAAAGCAUUAAAAGUGAAUCUUCGGACAGCGGCCGAAGGAAUUAUAAAAAAGGCAUCACAACUAAACGUAGGCAGUUCUGAAGAAAAAGAUGUAAAAGAUGAGAAACAAGCAACAUCUGCAAGUGUCAAUAAUAAAGCUAAAAGAAAAUCUUCUCGGAACUCCAGUUCUGAUAGCGAUAUGGCUAUUGACAUUUCAGAAAUUGAGGACUAUUCUGUUUUUAAAACGCCUGAAUCAACUCCAGCUUUAAAGCGAAAGAAACUACCACCUCUUAGUGAAAUCCAGCCUUUACCUGUCGAGGUACAAAAGGACUGUGACACACCUGACAGUGCCCCCAGACUCUCUGGGAUAUUAAAGAACGCAACAGAAGACCCUAUGGUAAGGGCUGAUUAUGAAAAAGAAGAUGAUACAGAUGAAACUGCUUCCAAACCUGCAAAAAAGCUUUCUCUAAUGGGCAUAAUAUCCAUGAAAAGACGCCUUUCAAAGCAUCGGAAACAAUCAGAACUAGCUAAAAACAGGCAAAGUAAGCGUUCAAUAAGGUCACCAGACAAGGGAGAUGAGAAAGAAAAUAAAGCAAAAAACGUCGAGAAAAAAUCGGAUAAAACCGAAGAACCAGACGUCAAAGUUGACACAAAAGUUAUCAUAGAGAACGAGACAAACAUAAGUCUUAGUAAACUUGCUUUACUUCAAGAAACUGAUAUCGUUGACGAUGUCAUCGACUUAAGCGAUGAUUUACCUAAAAAGCAUAUUAAAUUUGAACCAGGUGAUGAACCAGUGGCUUCGGAUGAACCACUGGACGACGAACCUGCUUUGCCACCUAAUCCUCGGCAUCUAGCAACAAGACGGGAAAGUCGGAUGCUAGAAAAACGCCGGAAAGUUAUCAGUUGUUGUAAGCAAUUUAUUGCAUUCUUAUUUUCUCAUAUAGGAUUGUGUUCGCUUGUGGUAGCAUAUUCCAUUCUCGGUGGGUUCAUCUUCCAGGCUCUCGAAGCUCCUUUUGAGCAACAGACCAGAAUUCGUGUGAAAAAUGAAAGGACAACAGCAGUAACACAGAUUUUGCAACUAGCACUUGAGUUAGAAAUGAAUAAACGAAGCCGGGAAAAUUUUACAAAAGAGAUUAACUUACUUCUUGAAAGUUUUCAAACAGAAGUGUGGAAGGCUACUGAUAUGUAUGGAUGGAAUAACAAGGAUGAACAAAGCGAAUCUGAGCUACAAUGGUCAUUUGCCAGUUCUCUUCUUUUCGCCAUCACUGUGAUGACAACUAUUGGGUAUGGUCACGUGGCUCCAAAGACCGACUAUGGUAGGAUCGUUACAAUUGGUUACGCUGUGCUUGGAAUACCUCUGACGUUGUUGUGUCUAACAAACAUAGGUGACCUUAUGGCCACAGGGUUCCGAAUGUUAUAUGCUAAAGUUUGCUGUGGUGUGUGUUGUGUAUUGUUCAGUCCGACCAAACGUCGUCUACCAGAUCCGGAAAAAGGCAUUGAAGAAGAUAUGGUGGUUCAAGGUGAGGAGAAAACACCAGGAGAAACUAUACAUGUGCCGACGUCAUUGUGUAUACUAGUAAUGACUGCAUAUAUUUUACUAGGAACACUUCUUUUCUCAAUCUGGGAGGGAUGGGACGUUAUAACCGGAACUUACUUCUCUUUUAUUACUCUCAGUACCAUUGGUUUUGGUGACGUAGUUCCGGGAACUGCAAUGGACCAAUGGGCGAAUGAACAGAAACUUGUCCUGUGUGCGAUGUACCUCGUUUUUGGACUUUCUCUUAUUGCUAUGUGUUUCAACUUAGUUCAGGAGGACGUGAAAGCUAAAUGUCGGUGGCUUGGUGCCAAAAUUGGCAUUAUUUAA